UCCCCGCCCAAAGUGCCGCUCCUGCGUACAAGGCUCUCCGUACCUGCUUACAGCUGCAUGACCGCAUUGCUCCCUAGAGGAGCCAUCAGUUGUGCGGACGUAGGCAGAGGAUUUCCCUUGUAUAAGGUAGCCCACGGUUUACCACGGUACAACGUACUAGAAGCGUUCCUGGGGCCCAUCCUGACCCACACACGUGGCUAGGAUAGUUCCCGAAAAUGCUACCACGUCUAGAAUCUUAUAGAUACUGCACAGGAUUCCGCACACUAAUAAAUCUUGGCAUUUGACUGGAAUUGGCGUCUUGAGUCUCCUCAGAUUCGGACAUGUCUUCUCACAUGGGUGGGUCGACGAACACAAGGGAAGACAAAGAUGCAAUGGACAUUGAUCUGGAGCCUAGGGCCGGCCCGUUGACAACAGGUUCUGGAUUCUCCAUCAAUGGAAAGAACGGUAGCUUAGCUACGUUGCUCAGGGAUUCGGCAAACUGGUUGUCAAUCAUCAGGAGCCUUAGAGAGACGGAUGUCAUGAUACUUCUCACUCCCGUGGUGGAUCCUAACAGUGAAGGCGCAGCAGAUACCAGCGACCCUUUCGAGCCCCUUGGUCGCUCAUUGGCAAGGAGACAUGCUAGGGUUCGACAUGUUCCUUAUACUCAAAGGUAUGGAAUCACAUCAACCCACCUCGGGUUCAUAAAACGAGGACACGUCAUUAUUCUAUGUUUUGCACCCCGACCUGGCCAGCAGAUUCCUCUCGAAGUCGCAGACAUCGUUUUUGCUGUCAGUGACAACAAGCCAUGCGUCAUUGUGGUGUGCUGUGGUCCAGGAAGCAGCCAGCAACCCCUCCAGUUCCCAACUAUCAUUCAGACUGCUGGAUCCUCGCCGCCAGCAUUGGAAGCUACCGCAGCGUUAAUCUUUGGAGAACAGCCCAUGUCGGUACCUCCAACUAGUGGACUACCGGCCCCAACGAGAACAAGUACGUCUCGGCCUAGACCGUGGCCGGUUGAGCAAUGGAACGAGGCAAGAGACAUGUCCAGUGUCUUGAAUCUAUGGACUCAGAACAUCAGUGGUCGCUUCUCUAUUGAUCACCAGACGUUUGCUUCGCUUCUGCGACGCCCGGGUUACGCCAAACACUACGUUGUUCGAGAUCCUAGAAGUGAAGAGAUCCUAGGUUUUUGUGCCACGUAUCUCUCAUACGUUGAUCAAGAAGGAAAGGGACUCCUUGCUUCCUUAGCACUCCUUCUUGUCCGGCCCGAGAACCGGAAUCAGGGCGUCGGUCUAAGCCUAUACAACCAUGCUAUUGACCAGCUUGGGAGAACGCGCGGUGUCGUACGUUUACAGCUUGGAAGUACCUUUCCUCGGAUACUUUACGGACCUCUCCUCAGCAUGCCGCUUGACGAAGAAUGGUUCCGGCGGAGAGGUUGGCAGCUGGAUAAGAAGAUACCUGGACAGGGGCAAGUGGUACACGACAUAAUUCUCGACUUUGCAGAUUGGCAGGUCGAAUUGUCGCCCUCCCUCCCACAGUUCCGAUUAUGCACGCAAGAGGAUAUGGUCAGGGUUCUCGCUGUGGUUGAGGAGGCUUCCGCGAGGCAGGGAAAGAUAGGGUGGUUUGACCAGUACUCCUCCCUGAUGAAUGGACCCAACGUCAAGGACAUUGUGUUAGGCAUUGAGAACAAUGCUAUAAUUGCAGCAGCCCUCACCUAUACACCCUCAUGUGGCAGUCACAUCGCUUCCAAUCUACCCUGGGCCAGUCGGAUCGGGCACGAUGUAGGAGGAGUCACCUGCAUUUGCAUCUCUCGUGAGUGUCUCUCCUUUGGAGCCCUGAUGCUAGGCGGACUAGGUUCCCCCUAGCACAGAGGCAGCUCUGUCCUGCUCAGCUAGAAUUUUCACGUUCCACUCAAAGCUGAAGACUUCUCUCUUGGCCGAUCUUUAUGAGUCGCAUUA